AAAGCUAGCCUGACUGUGGUCGGUGGUGUUGACAGCUGGCAGGAACAGCAGCUCCGCAGCUAGGUUAGCAUCCCGGAGGUGGCGGCGGGUUUUGAGCCCCUGCUGCUGCGCCCGGUGAGCCUGCAGUGAGCCGCUAUUUCACUCACAGCUCGUGGAUAAUGACUAGUUCAUGUCCGRAGCAACAGGGAAAUGCUUUCCCCGUCCGCAACUGAAAGUCGCGCAAAAAGAUGGCAGCAUCACCGAAGGCUCUGCUGGAGUGGUGCCGCGUCACAUGCGCCAGCUACCCCGGUGUGGAAGUGAAGAACAUGUCAGCCUCCUUCAGGGAUGGGCUGGCGUUUUGUGCCAUCAUCCACAAACACCGACCCGACCUGAUAGACUUCAGCUCUCUGUCCAGGGGAAAUGUUUACCAAAACAACAAGCUGGCUUUCGAGGUCGCAGAGGCGAAGCUGGGAAUCCCUCCUCUGCUGGACCCACAGGACAUGGUUUCCACGGACGCGCCUGACUUUCUCACCGUCAUCACCUACGUUUCCCAGUACUACAACCUCUUCAGCGGCGGAGAAUCUCCCGGUCCCUGCAGGUUGUGGUCAUCGCAGGUCUUGAACGUCACGAAGGUGCACAAAACUUUGAGAAGCCAGAAGAGUCGGACUGAACUGGAAACCAGUAAAGAGGACAGUCAUGCCGGCCCGAGGCCCAGGGUGCUGUGUUCCCUCUGCUCCAAGCCGGUUCACCUCAUACAGAAGCUUCUGAGCGACGGGAAGGUUUACCACCGCGGCUGCUUCAGGUGCAGGGUGUGCCGCAGCGCUCUCUUACCAGGCUCCUACACUCCAGGAAGUGAUCAGACGUCCUUCGUCUGCUCUCAUCAUGCAACGGACAGAAAAGCUGCCGGCGUCGACAGCGAGCAGCAACUCAGGCCUGCUGGUCAUCGGCCCGGUCAUCCCAUCCAGACGGGUUUCUACUCUCUGAACGGGUCGGCCAUCUGCAGCGUGCCUCGCUACGCCGAGCCGCGCCGAGCCUCGGAGGGAAGCGCGCUUCCCGUCCCGGCUCCCAGGAGAAGCAUGGACUCCUCUGUGGUUCCUGUUCCCGCGCCCAGAUCCAGAACCGCUCAGACAAUGAGCGACUCCCCCGCUGGAGAAACCAAUCCUUCACCUCAACCUCCUGGCCUCUCCAGCCCUAAAGUGAAAACCAACCACCCUUGGAUGGCCAUCGUGCAUCCUGGACCCUGGACCCAGCUGCCUCCGGCCCCACCUCCGGUACCCGUCCCUCGGUCCAAACCCAUCUCCAACACGCUGACGCUGUGGAACAGACCCAGGAUGCCCUCUCUUAACCCAUUCGAGGAAGAGGAGGAGGAGGAAAAUGAAGAGGUCGAUGAAGCUCCUAAGCAGGAGGCGGCCAGUCCGACCGGCCCUUCUGCUGGUCCGUCAGAGAACAGCGGCAUCGCUCAAGAAGAACCUGGCGGCGAGUCUGAACGGAACGCAGACGGAGGAUGGGACGGGCACGUGUGUGUCUCUACAGAGGACCGUGAAGGAGCGCAGCCUGACGGUAACUCGGGGGGAACUGUCGGCGGAGAACCCGCAGACGGUGGUCGGAACGGUCCGUCAUACGCGACAGACCUGAGGUCCUCUGAAGCACAGAGGAGCGCCGCUUUCACCAGGAGUCUGUCCGUGCCAGCGAUCCCGUCCGAGCACUCCGAGACCAACGCCGUGGCCACAGGGCUGCGUGACGCCGACCGGUCGGCCUCAGCGUGUGAAGGGAAGUCUGCCUGUAAAGAAAAUCCAUUCUCGGAGCGACCCGAGAUGACCCGGUCGCAGACGGUUCAGAACCUGUCGUCUGGUCGCGGUCCGGCGCCUGGACACGGUUUCCCUCUCAUCAGGAGGCAGGUGCGGACGGACCGGGACGUUUCCACGGAAGACCUGCAGAGGCAGAUGAGGAGCCUGGACGGCGACUUGGAGGCGCUGGAGCAACGAGGAGUGGAGCUGGAGAGGAACAUCCGAGACAGCAGGACGGGUAAAGAAGAUCAGAUGCUGACCGAGUGGUUCGGCCUCGUCCAUGAGCAACACACUCUGCUGCGCAGAAACAAAGAACUGGUCUACCUCACAAAACAGCAAAUAUUAGAGGACAGACAAGCGGAUGUGGAGUACAAGCUCAGAUGUCUCCUCAAUAAGCCCGAGAAAGACUGGGAUCAGGAGGACCGAGGCCGGGAGCAGCAGCUGAUGGCUGAGCUGGUCACCAUCAUUGAACAGAGGAACCAGAUCAUCAGCAGCAUGGAUCAGGACAGAGAAAGAGAUGAAGAUAUGGAAAGCACAAGAAAUAAGAGCUUUCAGAAGGACGGGCCGAAGAAGACCAAAGGAAAGCUGAAGGCCCCGAAAGUCUUUAAAAUGUUGAACCACAAACAGGAGAGCAGCAAGGAACCCGCGGAGAAAAAGAGCUGAAAAAGCAUUCCCACCGCAAUAACAACCCGUAAUCCAUGUUCAUCUCAAGUUUGUCAUAAAAGCAUGUAACAUCAGUGAGCUACAUUUAUGUAGUUAAGCUCUUUUAUUUUUGUAAAAUGUCACUUUUUUUUUUUUUUUUGGUCAAAGUAUCUGCCUCACCGUUUGAGCCCGUUGAUACCCGAUAGUGUGAUGUCAUUAAUAUUUUUUUGCUCAGUAACAAUUUAAUUCAUAAAAUGAUGCAGCUUCGUUCGACUGGCUUCAUAAUUAUAUUUUGUCUGCUGCUUCACAUUUCAUAUCAUGUUUUUUUUUUCCCAGUUCAUCAUUAUGAUAUGUUUCCAUCUGUAUUCUCUCAUCAAUCUACAAUGAUAAAUAUAUGUACUUUUUA